UUUAUUUAGUUUUAUUUAUAGUAAGUGGAUAAAUAUAGGUAUACCACAUAUUAACCAAAACAAACGUAAAACAUAAUACAGAGCUCAAAUGGCUGCGAACAUUUGUCGGGCAAGAACCCGACAGAGGUCCGUCCAUUUCAAGAUAACCCAGAGAAAAAAAAUCCCCUUUUCCACCAUCAAAAUCCCAUGGCAAAACCUUUCUUCUCAAACGGGGAAAAAAAAUCAGGUCAAUCCUUGGCGCGCUGAUGAAGAUCAAUUGAAGGGGGUAGGUGGUGGUGGGUAGGGGGUGCAGCAGCAGGAGCUGAUUUGAUCGACGAGGACGAACAUGGCAGACGCUGGUGCCGGUAAGAUUGAUCCUAAUGCAAAAGGAGAUUUGCCCGGAAAUGUGGCGGGUGAUUUAUGCUCCGUCGAUAUAGGGCUGCAUUCCCCCGGCGUCUGGGGUUCCGAUGGGGAGAGAACCUUCCUCCAGUACACCUUGCCCCGCCUACAGCUUCAAUUGGCUGUCAUUUUCAUCCUCACCCAAUCACUUCAUCUUUUGCUCCGCCGUUUCCAUUUGCCUCGCCUUGUUUCAGAGAUCCUGGCUGGAAUCAUACUGGGACCCACGAUUCUAGGACAGUUGCCGAACAUUCAAUCCGCAUUGUUCCCGCUAGAAGGAGACGUCUAUUUGGACUUGCUGUCGAAAAUCGGCUACAUCUUCUUCAUAUUCCUCAGCGGCGUGAAAAUGGAUCCAAGAACCGUGCUAAGAACCGGUAUCAAGGCUUGGACGAUCGGUGUCCUCGCUGUCACAAUCCCGGUCAGCGGUGGCUUGGUGUUGACCAUAGUCAACCAGAACAGAAUCCACAGGUACCGUUGGCCGGCUUACAAAAACAUCAUCGGUAUCCAGAAUCUAUUCCCUUUCCCCGUUAUUGCCUCCAUGCUCGUCGACCUAAAAAUCAUGAACUCCGAGCUCGGCCGCCUCGCUCUGGCGGCAGCCCUGAUCAGCGAUCUGACCAGCAAUCUCACGGCCACCAUCAUAUCCUACGGGAGGUUGGGCCAAAUGGGGUACGCUAGUGCUAUCAUGGUUCAUUCGUCGGUCUUAACCCUCGGCCUGAUUAUGUUUAUCUUGUUCGUGGGUCGCCCGCUUUGUUUGUGGAUCAUCCAGAAGACUCCGGAAGGAAAACCCGUCUGCAGAUUCCAUAUAAUUCUCACGUCUCUUCUCGUACUAGUUGUUGUCUUGCUUACCGACAAUGCUGGGCUUAACUAUAUGUACGGUCCGUUUUUACUAGGGUUGGCUGUGCCAGAUGGCCCGCCUCUCGGAGCCACACUCGUUGAUAGAUUGGAGACGUUAAUAUCCGGUUUGCUCGCACCCCUUUUGGUCACUUACUGCGGAAUGAAAGUCAAUCUAGUCGAGCUGUACGAUCUGAAAUUCAUCGGCACGGUGUGGCUAGUUCUCGGCAUUUGCCUGCUGACUAAAUUGGCCGCAAUUUUCAUUCCGGCGUUGAUUUGCAGAGUGCCGGUCAAAGAUGCUGCGGCGCUCGCGUUCGUAAUGAGUGGUCAGGGAGUCGUUCAGAUGUCGUUUUACUAUUACAACGCUGUGAACCAGACAUUCGACGGAGAAACGUUUUCCAUGCUCACGACAUCGGUUCUAAUACAAGCUGCUGCAGCAAACAUAAUAGUGAAGUCGUUGUACGAUUACUCGAGAAUGUACACUGGCUACCAGAAAAGAGACAUCCAGCACACAACGGCCAACUCCGAGCUCCGUGUGCUGACGUGUGCGCACCGUGUGGAUGACGUGUUAGCAGCCCGGAAGGUUCUAGAAGCUUCUUUUCCGAGGAAGGAAAGUCCGUUGGCAGUCUACGCCCUCCAUUUGGUGGAGCUCGUGGGCAGGGCCCACCCUCAGCUUAUUGACCAUCAAUUAGGUCAGAAAUCGUCCGGCGGCACACGAACGCAGAAAAUGAUUGAGAUUCUUUCCUUCUUCGAGCAGCAGUAUCAAGGGGUAGUUACGGUACAGCAAUUUACCGCAAUGUCCCUGACGAAAUUCAUGCACCACGAUAUAUGCACGGUGGCAUUCAACAAGUUGGCGUCUUUGAUUAUUUUACCGUUCCAUCGAAAAUGGAACCACCAGGGGAAGAUGAUUCUUGAUAGUAGUAGUUUGAGGUCGAUAAACUGCGACGUUCUUGAUUUGGCGCCUUGCUCGGUGGGGAUACUGGUGGACCGACACAAGGUGCGGCGGAACCCUUCUCAGACGUACAACGUAGGCGUUGCGUUCUUUGGCGGGACCGACGACAGGGAGGCGCUAGCCUACGCGAGGCGUAUGGCCCAGUCGGCGGACGUGCACUUGACGGUGGUGCGUUUCGUGCCGUGGGAUAUAUACGCGGGGGAUAGUCAGUGGGAUGCCGUUCUGGAUGCCGAGAUAUUGAAGGAUACGAGGAUGCAGGGGGCCCACCAGGAUAAUAUCGUGUACAAGGAGGAGAGGGUGAAGGAUGGGGCGGAGACUGCUCUGAUGAUACACGCGAUGGAGGAGGCGUUCGAUUUGAUUAUGGUCGGGAGGCGGCAUAAGGAGGACACCCCGCAGCUGUUGGGGCUGAGCGAGUGGAAUGACCUGCCGGAGCUCGGGCCGGUGGGGGAUAUGCUGGCGGCGGCGGAUCUUAACACGCCAGUUUCUGUGCUGGUGGUGCAGCAUCAAAAUGCAAAGGCGAUUUGAAUUUGUUUGUUUGUGUAAAUGGAUGAUGUG